AUGCAUCUUCCCUCCCUUCUGCUGUUUCUGAGUUUGGGGCCAUUGAUCAAAUGUGCUGCUGGGAGUGACUGGUGCUAUCAUGGCUGCCCGCAAUCCCCGGAGCAUUGGGCGGACCACUAUGUUUCCUGUGGAGAGAAAAGGCAGUCUCCCAUUGAUAUAGCCACCGGCAACGUUCAGAUGGACCCUCAACUGCUCAGCUUUACCUUCGCCAACUUCUCCUCUCGACACGUCAUCAAAUCCAUCGAAAACAACGGUCACACAGUGAAAUGCAAACUGGAGGCCGAUGACGUUGAAGUGAGUGGAGGUGGACUUAACGGAACAUAUUCUACAAUUCAGUUUCACUUUCACUGGGGCAGCACAGAACAUCAUCCAGGUGCGGAGCACACGAUUGAUGGGCAUAGAUACCCCAUGGAGAUGCACAUCGUGAGUCUGAAGAAAGGCCUCUCGGUGCAGGACGCCACGCAGGAUUCAGAGGGAAUUGCUGUUCUCGGCUUUUUCAUAAACGGAACAGACGAUGGCGAUAUGUCGGGACCGUGGAGCGAGCUCACAUCUUACCUGCCAAACAUCACAGACACAGAGGUUGACAUGAAAAGUUCCAUUUCUAUCCAUGACCUGAUUGGAAAUGUCGACCUCACAAAGUUCUACCGCUACAUGGGCUCCCUGACCACCCCUCAAUGCAAUGAAGCCGUGGUGUGGACCGUCUUUCAACAACCAAUCAACAUCAACAAAAACCAGGUUCAGCGGUUUCCCAUGGCGACAGGCUUCACCAAUGUGUAUCGGCCUACGCGACCUCUUAAUGGACGCCGUGUGUUUGCUUCCCCCGCAACUCCGUCACCAUCCAGUCAUUCGUGGUGCUACGAGGAGGAGCCCUGUGAGUACAAGCCGUCUCAUUGGCUCCAGCUGCCUCACUCAAAAUGCGGCGGCGAGCGCCAAUCGCCCGUCGACAUCGAGACGCGCGACACCGUGACGGACGAGCGGCUCGGGGCCUUCGCUUUCACAAAGUUUGACGACAAACACGCCAUCAAGCACGUCACGAACACGGGCCACUCGGUGAAGUGUGUGCUGAAAGAGGACAUGGUGGAGGUCUCAGGGGGAGGUUUGGGAUACGUCUACUCCACCCUUCAGUUCCACUUCCAUUGGGGCUCAGAUAAGUCUGAUGGCUCCGAGCACAAAGUGGAUUCAAAAAGAUACCCGAUGGAGAUGCACAUAGUGAGCAAGAGGAAGGACUUAUCUCUGGCAGAGGCACUGAGGACUCCUAACGGGCUGGCCGUGCUGGGAUUCCUUAUCGAGGCGAAGAAAGCCGACGGACGCAGCAGUUCAGAGAAUGUCGAGACACAUCCCACAUCGGAUAUGGAGGCCUGGAACAAACUGACCAGCUAUUUUCCAGCUAUUCAUAACAUCAACUCAAAAGUUAACGUCACAGACGGGAUCUCCAUUGAUGACUUGCUUGGCGAUGUUAACCGAGCUGAAUACUUCCGCUACAACGGCUCCUUGACCACCCCUUCAUGCGAUGAAGCAGUGGUCUGGACCGUCUUUAAAGAGGCUGUCAAGAUGGACCAAGCGCUGAUGACGAUGUUCCCGACUCUUGCCGGACAUCACAACGUGUAUCGGCCAACGCAGUCUCUGCAUAAAAGGAAAGUCUACAGCACCAAGUCAGCAUCCGGCGCCCCCGGUCCCAUUGUGCUGCUGCUGCUGCCGGCAUGCCUCUGGGCCUUUUCACACAACUUGCACUUGUGAGACGAUUAGCUAACUGGAAUCGCCGUGAUGAGGAACAUUGCGCUAGUUAUUCGUCUCGCACUGUUCGUUAUCAUUUUUCAGUAAAUUAAUUGGAAAGUGGUGUUUCGUUGAUGAUUUACAUCUUUUUUUUGUUUGCAAUCUCAUAAUGAAGAUCACAUCUCUAGAUUUAUUUUAAAGAGGGGUAUGGAUACUUGAUAUAAGAGUAUCCUGAUUGGAUUUGCGCUAUCAUAAUGUGCAGGAGAAAUCAAGACUAUUGUCUCUUAUACCAAACCAAUAAUUACAGUUGUUAAAAAAACUGCAGACAAUUAAACAAAUUAAAAAACAAUCGUUGUGUUCUUUUGCUUUUAUGAGAAGGGAAAUAAAUAAUUGAUAUUGUUUUAGGUUGAAAUGCUUCCAUAUUAUUAUUUCCCCUCAUUUAUACACAGC